GGGACCGUGUUUCCUCCUGCGCACACUUCAGGCCACCCCACACACCCCACACACCCUGACAUGGUGACUCAGGGGCUGCAGGAUCUCGCCAUGCUGAACCUGGGAGAGGUGCAGAGUGUCUCGGGUCAGCCCGUCAUGGCCACCGGUGUUGGUUUGGGUUUCGGCGUUUCCUCCUCUCUCUCCUCCUCCAACCCAUUUAUCAGCUCCAGCAUGCCCGGCUCGCCCCUGCGCUCUCUACAGGGAAACCCCGUGCACUCUGAGGCAUCCCUCAGCAACCUACAUGUUCCCCUGGACUCCAUCAAAACCAGUAAGACUCUUCCUGUGACUGCGUACGAUAAAGACGGAGUGCGCGUCCUCCUGCACUUCGGCUCUGAGUGUCCUCCCGGGAGACCCGACGUCCUCGUCAUCGUGGUGUCCAUGCUGAACACGGCUCCUCUCGCAGUGAAGAACAUCGAGCUACAGGCCGCAGUGCCGAAGUCCAUGAAAGUGAAGCUUCAGAGUCCGUCAGGAGCCGAGCUGGCGCCCUUUAACCCCGUCCUGCCCCCUUCCUCCAUCACACAGGUCAUGCUUCUCGCUAACCCGCUUAAGGAGAAGGUGCGUCUGCGCUAUAAGCUGAUGUUCCUCCUCGGUGAGAGACAGUACUGUGAAGUGGGUGAGCUGGAUCAGUUUCCUCCACCAGAGAGAUGGGGAAACCUGUAGA